ACGGUAACUGCGGACCUGCUCUCCGCGCAUGUGCAUAAAUACUUCCGCAGGGCAACUUUCAUUUUAGUGAAAACACUUCUUUCGGUUUAAUCGACUCGUUUACUUCAAGAAUGGUGCGUAGUUGCAGUGUGUACAUGUGUACUAAUCGGGACGAUGCAAGAGGAAAAGAGAAGGGGAUAAGUUUUUUCAGAUUCCCCAAAGAUGCUAAGAAACGCCGACUUUGGUUGAGGGCACUGAAUCGGGAUGGAUUUGUACCCAGUGAGCAUUCCUGUGUGUGUUCAGAGCACUUUGUGUCUGGUUGGCACAGUGAUGACCCCUCGGAUGAGAAUUACGGUCCCACUAUAUUCUCAUACAAGGAGAAGCCUGUUGAUGCUGAGAGACAGAGCCGAGCAGCCAGAAGGAAUAUACAGAAGGAUUUUAGAGAAGCAGAGUGCAGGCAGAAGGAGCGAGAGAGUAGGCAGUUGAGCUUUUCCUUGUUCAGCCACUCGUCUUACGCGAAGAGUAAAGAGGAGGAAGGCCAGGAUCCAGAGAGAAGAGAGGCAGAGCAAGAUGACGUUGACAUUGGGGUCAAGCACACAAGAGAUAUGGGUGUACAGUGUGAUCCAGACCCACUGUUACAAGAGAACAUGGCCUUGAAAGCUGAGCUGAGGAGGUUACAGGGUCAUAAGUGGUCGGUUGACAAGAUAAAGGAUGAUGACACCAAGACGAAAUUCUACACUGGACUGCCUAGCUUUGCAGUUUUUAUGUGGCUAUUCAACUACCUGGUGCCCAAGUGCAAAGAGAUGGUGUACUGGAGAGGUUCUUCUGCUACCCCUGGAGAGAGGACACGACCGAGACGCGCGAUGUCAUUGGAGCUUAUAGAUCAGUUUCUUGCCACGAUGAUGCGACUUAAAGAUGGAUUAUAUGUUGAAGAUAUUGCUGAACGCUUUGGAGUGUCGGUGGGGACCUACUCGCAGUACUUCACUACCUGGGUGUGCCUGCUGUUCCAGGAGCUGAGACCGUUGAACCCCUUUCCAUCUCGGGACAUCAUUCAAAGGAACAUGCCUUCUUGUUUUCAUUCUUUUCCAAAUUUAAGAGUUAUUUUAGAUUGCACAGAAAUAUUUGUUCAGAAAUCAAGCAGUCUUGUUAAUCAGAAUUUGUCUUUUUCACAUUAUAAGCAUCACACAACUGUUAAAUUUCUAAUUGGCAUUACUCCAUCUGGUGUUAUUUCUCUUGUUUCAGAAGGAUUUGGUGGUAGAGUGUCUGAUCGACAGAUGAUCGAGAAGUCCCUACUCUUGGGCAUGCUGGAAGAAGGGGAUGGGGUUAUGGCAGAUAAGGGGUUUACUAUUGCAGAUAUGCUAGAGAAAAAGGGCUGUACUUUAAAUAUUCCUCCUUUUCUUUCAUCUUCCUCUCAGUUUUCUCCUCAAGAUGUACUUAAAACUCAAGAAAUAGCAAAACUUAGAAUACAUGUUGAAAGAGCUAUAGGCCGUGUAAAGAAUUUUCAUAUAUUUGAUGGUGUACUUUCUCUUUCUUUAGCCCCAUUAGUUACCCAGAUGUUUUCUGUCUGCUGCUGGAUCACCAAUCUUGAUGUGCCUUUGGUUGACAGUUGAAGUUUUCUUCAGACAGGAUCAGAGCUUUCAUUUCUCUUUCUAAAGGAUCUUCAGUUGUGCUGACUUCCACCUCACUUUCCAUGUCCGGGGCUUCAUCUGGGAUGUUCCAUAACUAAGCCAUGCCUGAGAUAUAAACAUUCGUGAAUAAUUCAUUUGUUGUGCAUGCAUUAUACACUUUUUUAAAAGUGUUUGUCAAGUGCUAUAUUAUAAAUAAAUUAUUUGUGAAUUGA